AUGGACAGAAAGCAUGGAAAAUAUGUAGUCAAUAUUGAACACUCUGAAAACCAGCUUCCAAUCACGUGUUCAGAUGACCAACAGGCUCAUAGUUCUGCAUGCUGGCAUCCACCUUCAAGUGGUACAACUGGUCAUGUCUCGUCCAACCUAACUGGGGUCUAUGUGAGCCCAGCAGCCCUUGCACACUCAAGAAACCCACACACAGAAUUGUCCAGUACAGAGGCAAAAGGAAACUGGUGUAAUGACUUGUCUCUGUGGAAAGUCUUUUUGGCUUGUCUCUUAGCCUGUGUGAUAACAACAGCAACUGGAGUACUCAUAAUAUGCCUGGUGAACAACAGAGAAAAUGACAGCUCUCCCAUUACUAACCAGCUACCUGCAAACAAUGAGGAGCCUAUACUUAGCAUUCCUGGAAUGACCUCUACUACUUCACAACCUGCAAGGGCCACCACGUCAACUGAACCCGUAACUAAAACCACUUCAACAGAAUCUACAGCCACUGCAACGUCCAUUGAACCUGCAGCCAUCACCAUCGCUUCCGCUGAACCCAGAACCUCAACAGCCAUCACUAUCACUUCGACUGAGCCUACAACCUCGACAGCCACCGCCAUCACUUCCACAGAACCUACAACCACAGCAGCCAUCGCCAUUGCUUCAACUGAACCCACAACCUCAACAGCCAUCACUAACACUUCGACUGAGCCUACAACCUUGACAGCCACCGCCAUCACUUCCACAGAACCUACAACCACAGCAGCCAUCGCCAUUGCUUCAACUGAACCCACAACCUCAACAGCCAUCACUAACACUUCGACUGAGCCUACAACCUCGACAGCCACCGCCAUCACUUCCACAGAACCUACAACCACAGCAGCCAUCGCCAUUGCUUCAACUGAACCCACAACCUCAACAGCCAUCACUAACACUUCGACUGAGCCUACAACCUCGACAGCCACCGCCAUCACUUCCACAGAACCUACAACCACAGCAGCCAUCGCCAUUGCUUCAACUGAACCCACAACCUCAACAGCCAUCACUAACACUUCGACUGAGCCUACAACCUCAACAGCCACCGCCAUCACUUCCACAGAACCUACAACCACAGCAGCCAUCGCCAUUGCUUCAACUGAACCCACAACCUCAACAGCCAUCACUAACACUUCGACUGAGCCUACAACCUCGACAGCCACCGCCAUCACUUCCACAGAACCUACAACCACAGCAGCCAUCGCCAUUGCUUCAACUGAACCCACAACCUCAACAGCCAUCACUAACACUUCAAAUGAGCCUACAACCUCGACAGCCACCACCAUCACUUCCACAGAACCUACAACCACAAAAGCCAGUCACCAGUAA